AUGGAGAGGCAGGGCCGUCUUGGGGACUCGGCACUGUAUGACUUUGUCAGUGAUAUAAACCUCAUGGAGAUUCACCCAAAGUCCACUUCGGGUUCAAAACAGCUCAUGGACAGCUUUCUCCCAGUCACUGGCUACCGGGGCCGGUACUACAACCUCUCCUAUGUUAACGGGAGCCACCGGGAAACAAGUACAAGCGAGGGGGAACAAACCGGACACGGACAUCCCCUGCAUGAGAUGGCCACAGGGAGCACAUCUGCCUACACCUAUUACAGCCCAGGCUCUUUCUCACACACAUCUCACACACACACCUCAGACACACACACCGGGCGGUCGAAGCGGAGGCGUGUGAUCAAUGUGGGCCAGCGUCAGGCGGCGAACGUCCGGGAGAGGAAGAGGAUGUUCAGUCUCAACGAGGCAUUUGAUGAGCUGCGGAGAAAAGUACCUACCUUUGCUUACGAGAAGAGGCUGUCACGCAUCGAGACGCUCCGCCUCGCCAUCGUUUACAUCUCCUUCAUGACGGACCUGUUAGAGAACACCUGA